AUGUCAGAUGUACAGGCACCGCUGCCUCAAGGCGCAGGAUAUGGGGUUGUCGUGGGCCUGGGUGUUACUUUUGCAUUGGGCAUGAUAUGGGUGACGAAAGCAAUGAAGAAGUCGUUCAACGAAGAUAAUAACUCGACCGAGACCUUUAUGGUUGCAAACCGCAGUGUUGGUACCGGACUCACGUCUGCCGUCGUCAUCGCUUCGUGGCUCUACAGCACCGCAUUACUCGCAGCCUCCUCACUGACGUAUCGCUACGGUGUCGCUCUCGGCGUCUGGUGGGGUGCUUCUGCAAGCACUAUGAUUUGUCUCAUGGCAUACCUGUGCAUUGAAGCCAAGCGCAAGGCGCCGAAUGCACACACGAUGCUUGAGAUCAUCAAAGGUCGUUACGGCAGCAGUGUGCAUAUCCUUUGGAUAUUUUUAGCUUUGAUGAACAAUGCUUUGACGUUUUCGAGCAUGCUUCUAGGUGCGAGUACGGCGAUCACAAGCUUGACGGGGAUGAAUAUCACCGCUAGCACCUAUCUAUUGCCUCUAGGCGUAGCGGUGUAUACAUAUUUUGGGGGGCUAAGAGCGACGUUCUUGACAGACUAUGUGCACACGUUCAUCAUCAUGAUCGUCCUGGUCUGGUUUACAACGAAGGUUAUCGUCAGCAAAGAGAUUGGAUCGAUCGGUGCACUAUAUGAUGCAGUUGUUCAAGCUGGUAUUGAUCGACCAGUUGCGGGUAAUUACAAAGGGUCAUACCUCACUAUGCGGAGUGAAGAGAGUAUCUACUUUGGCAUUUUGCAUGUUGUUACGAACUUCGGAGUCGUUAUCAUGGACACGGGGUUCUGGCAAAAGGGCUUCUCCGCCGAUGUAGCCGCCGCAGUUCCAGGCUAUAUCCUGGGGGGCAUUGCCUCAUUCUCAGUCCCAUGGGCGUUCGGCACCAUCGUCGGGCUUGCCGCUCUUGCUCUAGAAAAGGCUCCUUCCUGGCCAACAUACCCUAACCCGAUGAGUUCCGAAGAAGUUGGUGCUACCCUUGUCCUCCCGUAUGUCGCUCAAGCGGUCGCUGGGAAAGGCGGAGCUGCUGCCAUUCUCCUCGUUAUCUUUAUGUCGUGUACGUCUAUCGCUUCCGCCCAAAUGAUUGCGACAAGUUCCAUCAUCUCAUUCGACAUCUAUGGCACAUACGUCAACAAGAAGCCCACUGACAAGGAGCUGAUUCGAUGGUCGCAUAUCGGCGUGGUAUUUACCUCGCUCUUUAUCUCAUCGCUUGCGACCGCUUUUCAUCGUGGCGGUGUUGACAUGACUUGGACUUUGUACAUGAUGGGUAAUCUAAUCAAUCCAGGAAUCUUUCCAACAAUGUUCGCACUACUCUGGAAAAGACAAACGAAGACGGCAGCUAUAGUAUCGCCGAUAUUUGGUAUGGCGUGUGGGCUGUCAGUGUGGUUCGGUACCGCAUAUCACUAUUUUGGAGAAAUAACAAUCAAAACCACUGGCGCAACGAUGCCUUGCUUAUUCGGCUGCAUCACUUCUUUCGCCGUGCCACUCCCAACUACGGUCGCAAUCUCGCUACUCUGGCCGGCGGAGUUCGAUUGGAAUGUAUUUGCGACUGAGAUAAAGCGAGUUCGUUCCGAGCAUGGCACUGCACUACACGAUCAAGAGGAGAGGGAAAGUUACUUUACACCCGAGCGAGUGAAAUACAUGAAGCGCAUGAGUCGAUUGGCUGCUGGGUGGGCAACAGCGACUAUUUUGGGACAUGUGCUGCUGUGGCCGGUACCCAUGUUCGGUGCAAAGAUGACGUUUUCGAAGGGCUUCUUCAUCGCUUGGAUCGUCAUCUCCCUAAUAUGGCUCUGGUUGACACUCCUUGUUUCGAACUUCUACCCGCUCAUUGACGGGGGUGCAAACCAGAUAUGGACAGUAGUUCGAGGUAGGAAAGGAACAAAAGGCACGACAGAGUACCAGACGGAUUCGGGCAAUUCUACACCGCCGACGGAGCAAUUCAAUGCCACUCCCAAGGAAUGCUAA